AUGUCCAAAGAGCCAAGAGAGUCAAGCAGGCAUCGUCAGCCGCAUAAAAGGGACUCGUUAACUUCCGUUCUCUCGUGGGCAGGGUUACAGCCAAGAUCCAGCCCUACCAAGACACCCUCCACCUCAUCUUCCGAGCCAGCACCCACCUCACCAUCCCACCAUGGCCUGUCAAGAGGCCGCAGGCACAGCUCCAGUACCGAUGAUAAAAAGAAGGCACGUAGACGCUCAAUGGCUUUACGGAGAUUCUCCAUAUCAGUCCCCGGUGCUGCCGCUGUCGACGAAGACAGUCUCACUAAGGCCAAGCUUAAAAAGACCCCUUCCUGGACGCUGGACAAUAAGGCAUCGGAAUCUGCUCCCAGGACGACCACCAAGGCCGCAUCAACAGACGCCAUCAACAAAACAACAACAUCCGCAUCAACCAAUUCGGACCAAAACACAUCAGAAGUCAAAGAAGAAGCCUCUAACGGGGACCAUUCCGAAGAAAAAGCUAGCAAAGAGAAGCUCCCAGGCCAUAGCCCACAGCAACAACAACCGUUGCCUCCCCCACCAAAGCCCAAGUCAAUUCUUCGAGUCGCCAGUCCAGAUGGGCGGAAACCACCACCACGCAAGAUCCCUUGCUUUUCGACCACGCUUCCAGAGUAUGACCCCAGGAAGCCCACAGCAGACCAUGCCUGUCUCGUGCCUCUACCGGACUCCAGCAUAACUUCCAUUACCGGCUCGGUAUCCUCUUCAGAAUCAUCCAUCUGCAGGCCUGAGAGACACGGAACCGCCACCGUCCGAUUUGCCACGGCAACGGUACACAGAGUUGAAGUAGGACCUGGACGUCGGUUCCUACCGGUGAAGCGCAAGAGCAAGAGCACAGUCACCUACAUCUCCCGCUUUGACGACGAAAACUCUCUGAAGAAGAACCUCACCAGCCCGACGAAGCAGCGAAGGCAUCGAGCGAACCAAGCAGCAAUGGGGCGGUACUGGCAGAGAACGGAAGAAGAGGAAGCUCUAGAACGAGAAGAGGCGCGCAAGAGAGCAGAACAAGAAGCCGAACAGUACCGAGCCGAGCCCUCCAGUCACCCUGAUCCGGAUUUCAUCAGCAAAAGCGGCACAACCCCACCCAGCCCGGAACUGGCGGCGACGGAUGAUAAGCUCGAGGAGAUAUAUGUGGAUGACGAGAAGCCGGAAUCUGACAGCCCAAGGAAAGCGAGAAGAGAUGCCUCUCCGGCUUCAUACAGGUCAUCAAGCCUCCAUCUGGUGUUGCCUGCGCCCGAGCCUGACACAGGCUUCCCUUGUGACGACCUGACCCUGGAAGAGGAGCUGGAAGCACAGCAAGAGGAUUACAAGACAGAGCUGGCACACAUCGGUUUCAAGACUGAAGCAGCAGAAACCCGAGACUGGCCCUUGGCUGAACUCGAAGCUGAACCAGCUCACCAAGAAGUCCAGACAUUGCUCGAGAUCAAGACACCAAGGGGAAUCGUCUUGUCACCGAUCGCGGAAGAAUUUGCCAUUGACGACGAAGAGGAAGACAGCGAAAGCGGAGGUGAAAGCGAUCACAAGCCCAUGGAAACCACCAAGAUCAACUCAAACUACCAGGAACCCGAGGAACACAUACCGACAAUGCCCCCAACACCUCCAAGACAGUCAACCGCCUUACUACUUUCAGUAGAACCCGAACAAACCACCGCCCACGAAGACUUCACGGAUGACACGGACGACACCUCAUCUCCAAGCUUACUCACCCCAGAGUCCCAAGACCACCAAAGCCAAGAAAAAUGGUCCAGCCCCCGCCUCCGUUCCGUCAUCUCUUCCAAGCGCCACAACACCCAUACCUCUACCCACCACCUUCACGGGAAACAUCAUUCUCCCCCUUCACCCCCCGCCUCUCCACCCCUAGCAGCCACUAAACCCGCAACACCUCCCAAGAAACUACACCACCACCCCUCACCCAAACUCCCGGCAUUCACUAUCCCUAUCCUCAUCCCGAAAAUCACCAUUGGCGAGAAGGAUGAUAAUCAUAAACGUUCUUCGUCGUCAUCGUGGGUACAUAGAAGAUCGUCGUCUUCGUCCACUUCGUCGUCGUCGUCGGCGGCGUCUGAAAAGGAUAAGAGGAGUGGGUCUCCAAUUGGAAGAAAGGGCAGUAGUAGUAGCGAUAGGGACUCGAGUCCUGGGAGGAGUGGGAAUCGGUUGCAUUUAUCGGGGCGGAGGAGGAAAAGUAGUGGGAGUGGAAGUGGGAGUGGGAGUGGUAGUCAUCAUGGGCAUCAGGGGGUGCAUACCUCUAAGCAGUCUAUUGCUGUCUAGCCACAUACAUACACACUGGAUAACCAGCUUACUUCUGGGGAAUAUGCUGAAAUAGGAGGAUGGAUAUCAGCAAUAACCCUGAACCCAGGUUCGGUUCACACAAAACAGAAAGAUGGACAUCGAGGUCGCUCACAUAUCUGUCAUGUCUUUUUUGUUUUCUGUUUCCUAAAUUGUCAAAAACGAAAGAAUGUAAUGAG